ACAAACACAGAAGAAGAAAACACACUCACAUGUUUACGUCUGGCAUGGAGCGGUGGUGAAUGAUGGCACAGAAGCGGAUGGUUUCGGUCCUGUGGUCCAUCGGGAGAUCCAGCGCUCACCGUCAUGCCUUCAUUCCGAUGUCUGGACACUGCAGCUCCAGUCCAAUCAUCCAGAAACCUCCUCCGCUUCACUCAGAGAACGAAUCUCUUCUGGAGAACCUCUCCAGCAUGGGUGUGGACCUCAACAUGGCCCGGCGACGGCAGCCAGGCGUUCUGCGAAAGCUCCUCACCAACGAACAAGGUCUGGCUCAAUUCCUGAAGAGUAAAGGUGCCGACCAGGAGACCGUCGCCAGCAUCAUCUCUCGUUUCCCUCGAUCCAUCACACGCUCGUGCGAGCACCUGGAGGAACGCUGGAAGCUCUGGAGAAACAUCUUCAAAAACGACAGCGAGGUGGUUGGAAUUCUGUCGAGGUCGCCCGAGUCUUUUUUCCGUUCCAGCGACAACGAAAACCUGCAGGAGAACAUCACUUUCCUGAGAUCUUUGGGAAUCACUCCUAAAGAUCUGCACCGGCUGCUGACCACGGCGCCGCGGACGUUCUCCAACAGCGUAGAGCUCAACAGGAACAUGGUGGAACUUCUCCAGGGCAUUUGCUUGAGUCUGGGGGGAAAAGAUCAUGAACACUUUGCCAAAACCAUCAUCUCUAAGAACUUGUACAUCCUGAUCCGCAGCACCAAUCGGGUGAAAGCCAACGUGAACUUUCUGCUGAGCUCGCUGACAUUGAGUCACGCAGAGGCGCUGCUUUUACUGCAGAGUCAUGGCGCUCAGAUCCUGGACCUGUCACAUGAGAGUCUGAAGCGAAACUUCAAAAACCUGCAGGUGAAACUUCAGUGUCUGGGCUGCAGCAAAGCCGACUUUAAGAAGAUGAUUCUCAACCACUCGCUCGUGCUCUUCAUCUCAUCAGAACGUCUGAAUGUGAAACUGGACUGUCUGAUGGACGCUGGGAUUCACAUCCAUCAGAUCAUACAGAAACCAAAGGUUCUUGACUUCAGUCUGGACAUUCUGAAGCAGCGACUGCAGGAUCUCAGCAGACUGGGUUAUGACUUUCAGAAGAACGGCAUCGCUGUCUUAGACUCAAGCAAAAAACGAUUUCAUGCUAAAAUAGAGAGACUGGGCCCUCUAGAGUAAGAGAGAAAUCCAUCGGAACUCUGAUGCUUUCUCAUCUGAAUAAAAAGGCGAUGUCAACCCUGUGCUGUUUCUACUGUUCCUAAUGUAUAAAUAAUGAAGAAAUAAAUCUUGUGCUCAUGAA